GCUGAGGAGCCCCGAGAGGCCCCGAGCCCUCCACCCCGGGCGGUCUCCCGUCUCCCGAAAGCGGCGGAACCCGUGAAGGAAGCUGUCGCCAUGGUCUGCUGGGCUCUCAGGAGAGUCACCCAGGUGCGUCCCCACUUGGCCCGGAAGGCCAGCGGCGUCUACCCGGGCCACGAGCAUCAGCCCUUGGGCCCGAGGCCCGCCGCCCCGGGAGCCCCGGGCAGCACGGUGGAGCUGCUGGGCAAGUCCUACCCCCGGGACGACUACAGCAACCUGACCCGCAAGGUCCUGUCCAAGGUGGGCCGGAACCUGCACAACCAGCCGCAGCACCCGCUCUGGCUGCUCAAGGAGCGGGUGAAGCAGCACUUCUACGCGCGGUACGCGGGCCGCGCGGGGGCCCCGCUCUUCUCCGUGUACGACGACCUCUCCCCGGUGGUCACCACCUGGCAGAACUUCGACAGCCUGCUCAUCCCGGCCGACCACCCCAGCCGGAAGAAGGGCGACAACUACUACCUGAACGCCACGCACAUGCUGCGCGCGCACACGUCGGCGCACCAGUGGGACCUGCUGCGCGCGGGGCUGGACGCCUUCCUGGUGGUGGGCGACGUGUACCGGCGCGACCAGAUCGACGCCCAGCACUACCCCGUGUUCCACCAGCUGGAGGCCGUGCGCCUCUUCUCUCGCCACCAGUUAUUUGCUGGCAUAAAAGAUGGAGAGAACCUGCAGCUUUUUGAACAGAGUUCCCGCUCUGCCCAUAAACAAGAGACACAUACCCUGGAAGCCACGAAGCUCGUCGAGUUUGACCUUAAGCAAACACUUACCCAGCUUAUGACACAUAUCUUUGGAGAUGGACUGGACAUCAGAUGGGUGGACUGCUACUUCCCCUUCACUCAUCCCUCCUUCGAGAUGGAGAUCAACUUCCACGGGGAAUGGCUGGAGGUUCUGGGCUGCGGGGUGAUGGAGCAGCAGCUGGUAAACUCAGAACAAGAUAAGGCUCUUCUGGAUAGCUGAGAGAAUUUUAUUUCUUCUCCCUUAAGUUACGG